AUGGGAAACGGAGUCGGAAAACUUGGGCACUGUUUCGCUGGCGAGGUGUCACGCCGUCACGAUAUCGCCAUCAUUCUGGGGGACCCACUUGACGGGGGAUUGGGCCACUCUUUCUGCUACGUACCGCCUGAACAGCCCCGUCUCUCUUCCUCCUGUAGAGUCCAUACCGAGUUCUCCACAAACAACGUCCUUCAAACGACGAAGUUUUUCCACUCAAUCUCCGGCGCCUCGGUCAGUGCCAACGUGUCGACCCAGACUCUAUCAGUGGCCCUCAUCGACUCAUGUCCGUACAACACUUCCUCCAUUGAUCGGGCCUCCACUUUCGAGAGCUCCGAUUCUUUCGCCUCUCUUCCUCUCCAGCCAGUUCCCCGUAGCUCGUUCCAAUCCGGGUCGGGUGCUUCCCUGACCGGGUCUGGUCCGAUCGAGAGAGGCUUCUUGUCGGGUCCCAUCGAGCGCGGGUUUGUAUCGGGACCCAUCGAUCGCGGGUUGUAUUCUGGCCCGAUGAUUGAUAAAGAAAAAAAAUGUGAUAAUGAUAAUAAGUUGCAGAGAAGCUUAUCUCAAAAUAGUAUCAAAGGAAAUUCCAAGAAACAAAGAUUAAAGAAGGUUUUCAAGAGAGUUUUAUCAAUUUAUCGUGGCAAUAAAUCGUGUAAAGGGGUUAAAGAAAUGGAUUCAGAGAGAAACAAUGAGAGUGUGAGCGGGAGUACCACUACUGUGAGUAGUAACAUGAGCUUGAACAAUGAAGGUGGUGUGAUUGUUGAUGAUGAUGAUGACGAAUUUUCAAUGAAGAGUCAGAAUCUUCAGUGGGCACAAGGGAAAGCCGGUGAGGAUCGAGUUCAUAUUGUGGUAUCAGAGAAACAUGGAUGGGUUUUUGUUGGGAUUUAUGAUGGAUUUAACGGUCCUGAUGCUCCUGAUUAUUUACUUUCUAAUUUAUACUCUGCUGUUCAUAAGGAACUCAAAGGGUUGUUAUGGAAUGAUAAGUUUGAAUCCACCGGGAAUUCGUUGAGUUCAAGUGAGGCGUCGUCUUUAUUUGAUGAAUUAAAUCAAUUUCAGAUUGAUAAGGAGAACAAUCAUCCUGUGGGAAAUGGUUUUAUAGAUGAGACUUCGAAACCAAAGAAGAAAAAGAAUGCGAAAGGUGUGGCGAAGAAACGGGAGGAGAAUCAAAAGAGGUGGAGGUGUGAAUGGGAUAGGGAAAGGCUAGAGCUUGAUAGGAAGUUGAAGGAAAAAUUAAACUGUGAAGCGUCAAACGGGGUCAACCAUUCGGAUGUCCUGAAGGCGCUUUCGCUUGCCUUAAAGAAGACAGAGGACUCAUAUUUGGAGGUUGCAGAUUUGAUGGUGAGGGAGAAUCCUGAAUUGGCUUUGAUGGGUUCUUGUGUUUUGGUGAUGUUGAUGAAGGGAGAGGAUGUGUAUUUGAUGAAUGUUGGGGAUAGUCGGGCAGUUUUAGCGAAGAAACUUGAGCCGAAUAUCGGAUUAGGGAGGGCGCGGAAGGACUUAGAAAGAAUUAAGGAGGAAACUAUGCAUGACCUUGAAACAUUUGAUGAUGGCGAAAUGGACAGAUUAAAUAACUUGACAUCCGUUCAGCUCACUGUUGAUCACAGCACUUAUGAGGAGGAGGAAGUCUUGAGAAUUAAGAAAGAACAUCCAGAUGAUGAUUCUGCAGUAAUGAAUGACAGAGUGAAAGGUUAUUUGAAGGUCACUCGCGCUUUUGGGGCCGGAUUUCUCAAACAGCCAAAGUGGAAUGAUGCACUUCUUGAGAUGUUUAGAAUCAAUUACAUCGGUACUUCUCCAUACAUCACCUGUUUGCCUUGGCUCUAUCAUCAUCGACUCAGCCCAAGGGACAAGUUCUUGAUAUUGUCUUCAGAUGGACUCUAUCAAUACUUCACCAACGAAGAAGCUGUAUCCGAAGUUGAGUUAUUCAUCGCUGCAUUUCCCGAAGGAGAUCCUGCACAACAUCUAAUCGAAGAAGUACUAUUCCGCGCAGCAAAGAAAGCCGGUAUUGACUUCCAUGAGUUGCUUGAUAUCCCACAAGGGGAUCGUAGAAGAUAUCACGACGAUGUUACUGUCAUCGUAAUCUCAUUCGAGGGAAGAAUAUGGCGUUCAUCUGUGUAAAUAGAGAUAGCUUAUAUUAAAAAAAAAAAAAAAAAAAAAAAAUACAAAUGCAUACAGGUUGGGCUGUUUUUUUUAAAUUUUUUUUCUAAUCUUUUUUCACCUUGAUAUAAGUAUAAAUAUAUUCUCCCCAUUUUUUCC